UGGUAUUAUGAGAACCCAAAAAUACAGCUAUAGACACAAAAUAAAUUAUUGAACAUAUAAUAAACACCAGUUUGUGCAAUGUCUCACUAUUGAUUCUACUGAAUUGUGAGGGCUGUAAGCUGAAAAACAAUGCCUCAAUUUGUGCACAUUGACGAGCUUGCACGACGAGCUGGGGUUUGACAUUGGGAGCCGUGACAGCAUCCUAACCGUGACGAAUAAGACUUGAUGAUGAUGAUGUGAAAAAUGAAUACAUUGCUACUCUCAUAAAAAACCGUAAAAUGAAGAACUGAUGGUAGUGGCAUGGAGUUAUUGACGGGUCUAACUCCGCAGACCUCCAUGGACACGGCAACAGCGCGUCCAUGGAAGCACUGUUGUCAUGACGACCGUGAAACACAACUAGCUCCCUCCAAGGCUGCUGGAUAUGACCAUCACAACCUUUGGCCAAAUUAAGACUGUCCAGUUCCAGCCUGACCACAGAGCCAGCCUUCCUUACCAGCUGGUUAAGUCUGCUGGCCUCACCAGCCUCGAUGCCACCAGCCCAGCACACCACAGCGAAGAACAGAGCACUGGCUAGUACAGGCUGGUACAAGAUCUGCAGGAGCCUGUGGCACGCACUGAAGGAUCUGAGUCUCCUCAGGAAGUACAGUCUGCUCUGUCUCUUCCUGAAGAGGGUGAUGUCCGUGUGCACCAGAAAAGGUACCUCUGACUCAGAAAUAGAAGCAGCUUGCAAAACAGAGACAUCCAGAAAGAAAACACCUACCUUGGAACUGUCCAGUGCGACGCAGCUUCCAGAGAGCACCAACUGCCUGGCGUGCUCAGAAGAUGGCAGGUACCUCAGUCUGGGUCACUCCCAGGGCUUGUCUGUGUGGUGUGCAUCUUCUCUGAUCUGUGUUGCAGAGUGGCUGCAGGACAGACUGGAAAUUACAUUUACUCAAAUGACCAGAAUGGCUGAGACGACCUAUCUGCUUGGCACUGUUGAUGAUAUGGGUGUUGCCAGAGUCUUUGCAUAUCACUGUGAAGGCAUCCACCUCCUCUGUGUUAUUAACAUCAUGGAGAAUAUCAACAAAAGGAGCAUUUGCUUGACAUUUGAACUAUCUGAAGGGGGAGAUUAUGGAGCUGCAUCAAUCGGCUGCAACAGUGCUCUUUGGCUCGAGGUCUUUCACUUCCCCACAGAAGCAUGGCUGAAGGAAUUAAAGAUGGCACUAUCACAAAAGCAGGACCCAAACUCAUCUGGAGAUGUGGAUGUGAAAUGGUCUCCAGCCACAGUGGUGAUUAAAGUCAAGCCACCCAAAAUUCCUGCAGGGACGGCAUUGGAUGGUCCACUUGAGGUCUUGCAGAUGACGGACCUUUUGACACACUGUUUGGCUCUGGACGUAGACACCAGCAACAGUCACCAAUGGGAGGAACUGUCUUUCAAUACAGAUGCAGGAAUAACAAAGGAAACAAAUGAAAGCCCAAGACGUUGCACCCACCACUUUCUUCUGCCUUGUGGUCAGUUUCCUGUUGACGGUAAAGCAAAGUCUCAGCCAGCAGGACUGCCUGUUGCUGUCUGUGUGUGGUGGAGUGGCAGCCAUAAUCUUCUUCAGUAUUUGCUGAAAAAAGCACCAAAGAACAAACCAGCAGAUGUGGAACCCAUGACAGAUGUGUUGUGGCCAAAUGCAAAGGAAAUCCUCUGCUCUGCUGUUAGUAGAUGCACCCGUUACAUAGCUCUUGGGCUCGAUGAUGCUUUGGUGUGUGUCUGGGACAGGCAAUCCGGGUCUCCGUUGUCUGUUGUCUUGGUGUCAGAAACAGACAGUGCCUUCUUCAGGAUGCAAUUUGUAGAUUACUGGCUGUCUGCUGAAGAUUCCCAGACUUUUACUGCAGCAAAAGUCCAUCUUUUGGUGUUGUGUAAAAGUGGAGCAAUUCAUACAGUCACCACAGGACGAGGGACACAAACCUGCACAAUGCAGCACACUGAAAGGCCAAAAGAGAGCAGGGACCUCCCAACUGUCACUGCAUCAGUGCCGUUCCUGCCGAGCUUGUCGCUUGUGAUGCAAAGAAAUGGAAAAAUGUUCCUCCAAGAUGUCAUCAGCAAAACCACUGUAUGCUUCUUGAUUCCUCCCACAAGUCAUCUGAUUGCUACUCCCUGCAAUCCUGUUUAUGCUCUGAACACCAGAGAGCAAACUCUGUUCAUAAAAGGUGACCAGGACCCCAGCUGCAGUGCAUCUUCUAAAGAAGGAAGCCAGAGUCAGCUUUUCAUCUUCUGUUUCGGAGAGUCUGAAAUCAUUAAGCAGUACAUUGUUUCACUUCCAGACUCUCCACGACAACAAAAAACAUUGAGCUGUGUCACUCUGGAAGAAACCUGCAAUCUCUACCUUCAGCAAAGAGCGCUGUUUGUGGAUGAAAGGAACAAAGCUGUAAGGCAGACCUGGAAGCAGCUACAGGACACUGCAGUGAUAGUACAACAGAGACACAGCAGAGCUGCAGCCAGCUGAAGAGCUGCAACAAAUUAUUUUUUGCACGGAGGUACUAUUGCAUGUAGUAUUUGUGUGUCUAUUCAUUUUAAAGCUUCUUCUAAUUCCCACCACUUUUACUGCACUACCCUCCUUGACACACAGUGCUCAUGUACACACAUUUGUAAUUUUUGCCAUGUGAAAUUGCUGCGAUUAGCGCAGUAUUAUAUAUAAGGUGUUUUUCCUUUUCUUUUUUUUUAAACAAAUAGAGUGAAUGGAUGCUGUUUAAACAGUGUAUUCCAUACUGUGUAUCCCUUUCAUAACUAAUAAAUAUAUAAUGGUAUAGUGAUGUAUCAUUUAUGUAGCAAUAAAUAAACAAAGAAAUAUUGCAAAUUAUGAAAUAUAAUAUUUAAAUAAUAAGGGCAGUACACAUUGAGAGAAUUCAGUUAAAUUAAUAAAACCAUUUAAGCAAACAGUAAAAGUUCUGUUUAUGAAGCUUGGAGUAAGCAGUAAAUGCCAUGGUAGUUGGAUCAAAGCUUGCAGGACUGUGUCCAUUGUUUAUAGUAAAUCAUAAUAUGAUUGAGGGAGAAUAAGUUGCUGAAGUAUUUUCGUUUUCAUUAUUGUCAGUUGAUCCUCUUACAGCAACUUUGACUAAGUGGCUCUGCCUGUAAAUGCACCCUGCAUACAAGAGAGUAAGCCCUUGUUUAAUACUAUCUCACAGGUCCAAAUGUGACCGUACAUUACCAACAUAACCCUAUCUCCAGUUUUAAUUUGCUUUUAAGACAAAGGCACUGAUCCUGAAUUUGUCUUACCAUCGAAAAAAGAAUGGCAUUGUUUCUUUUUUAUAUCUGAGGUGCUGGUAGGCCAUCUCUAAUGUGUAGUUUAAAGGGAUGAGUGUAUUUAGGCUGAUUAUGACAGGGCCGUAUUCAGUCAUGGCACGUUGGCAUUUUGUUGCCUUUGGGGUCCUUGAAUGUUUCAUAUGUCAUCUUUUUAAUGUCAAAAGACACAAAAAAACAGGACAGGGUGACAGGAGAUUUUGCUUAAAGUGCACGUUGUAAUCCUAAAAUUUUAUAAUCUGUCAUGCAACAAUACCCAUUCAGGGCUUUGAAUGUCUGUACUGUGAAAGUUAUAGGUUUAGUUUUGGUUUGGGUUUUGGUUUUGGCAGUAGCAAAAGAAGAGAUAUGUUCUUGUGCACCUAAGCACUCUCAUACCACUAAUACAGUUUAUAAUUUAAUGGCAAUUUUUUGACCCCUUGAGAAGUCAUUCCAAUGUGAAGCAAAAUGUAAAGUGAAAAUAAUCACAUUCAGUUCUAAGGGCAUUUUUAGCAAUAAACAGAAACUCUGCUUUUCAGGUUCAUGUAUACAUAAGAGAAAUGGGGACUGGUGGGCAGCAUAAUUAGUUGAGUGCUCUAGUUUUAUGUCUGUCGAACUGACACAUUCAAAUUCAAGGUUGCAUAAUCAGCUACUAAAUAAUGUCCAUAUUUAUUGAGUGCCAUGGUAACAGCAAAUUAGAUGAAAAAGGUGAGAUGGGCUCACAGAGUCGAAAGAUCUUAAUCUAUCAGAGAGCAUAUUGUUCAUAUAUAACCAAUCAGCAAUAUGCGGCUGUAGAAUUACUCCUGAUUGGCUCCCUGUUUGAAUUCAGAUUGUUGGCAGAACAAUUAUGGAAAUCCUUGUGACAGAAUGUACCCAUGGUUUUCAUUUCACUGAGUGCUUUUUGGAUCAUUUGUGUGGCGUCUUUGAAACAUUUAUCAACAUUGUUGCAUCAUUUGUAUUCCACCUUCACCAGUCGUAUCAGAUCAUUCUGUGGUGUCUCUCUGUCAAAAGGAACUGAUUUUAAUAUGUGCUUGAAAGCCUCAUUUGAAUUUAUAAAAUGCUUGAAUGAGGGCUGAUGCCAAAGGUCCACAGUCAUUGAGAGUGUAAUGAAAGCACAGGUGCUUGAUUCAAAGAGCUUGGCAUGUGUUACUGUCAACACCAGAUUUGUACCAGAAAAAAUAGUCAGUCAGUAAAAACAACACAGCAAUGGCCUCUUAAACUAAGCACCUACUCUACUCCUUGUCACUGUUGGCUGUUGGGUUUGUUGUUCUCAUUUGACUUUUCAUUUGCCUCUUAUAUAUUUGUGUUAUUUAGUCAGUUGCUUGUGACAUUUUUGCGUCAUCAACAUUUUCUUUACUACAAAACCUGCCAUCAUCACUCUCAGCUUCAAAGACACUUUAGGUAUGUUUUCUCUUUCCCAGAGACGUCCAAUUAACUGAAAUAUAUGCUUUUUUCAUACAUUUAUUUUCUCCCUGGCAUAAAUAGACCCUCAUUUGCAAAAGCUCUGGUACAAACAAAACAGCUUAAAUGCCAGUUUUGAUUGUUUGCUCCGCCCUGAUUAGUCUCAUCUGUGUCUCAUUGUCUCCCUUCACCUGGGUGUAUUUAGUCUGUGUGGUUCCCUUGUUACUUUGUCAGAUUGUCAUUGUUUCCAUGUCAAACGUCCCUGUCUUUGUUUCCUGAGUAUUAUGUUGGAUUCAUCUUCUAUUUCUCCUGCACCUUGCCUGGACUUUGGAUUUGGACUUGUCGAAUUGUGUUUGAUUGGACUACUCCCCUUUUGAACACUGCCUGCCUGACAUUAGUGUAAGCUUUUGUAUUUCACUAAAUCAUUGAACUGCA